AACGGUUCGAUAGAAAACGUGAGGAAAGGAGCGUAAAAUUGAAUCGAAAGCAGGAAAAAAAAAACUAGCGCGGGAAUGGAAACGGGAAGCAGUAGCAGGAAGAACAACAACCAGAAGCAGCAAGAUCACGAUUUAGGGUUAGAGAAAGUUCGCUUAAUCAGUUUAGCUCUUGAAUUCGGUUUCGAUGAACAAUCCGCUAACCAAUGUUUCGACCGUCUCGUCUCUCUCUACGGUGAUGAUGGUCGUGAUUUCAUCACCGUUGAGCACUGCGGCGAUGAUUUUCUCACUGCUUUGGCGGAAUCAGUUCAAGACACGGAGGAAUGGGAUGAUUUACGCGAAAUGGAAUCUCAGGCUGUUGGAACUUUGAAUCACGUGCUUGAAGAACGUUUUGCCACGUGCGGUGAUGGUUCUAAGUCUUUCGUUGAUGUUAUUGACGAUUCGCCUCAGAAACGCCGGACUAAAUUUGUUGAACUGGGUUCAAGUGACGAUGAGGAUACAAAGGGUAAUUAUGUGUUUUCGGGUCAACAACAUCCUUUAAACUCAAUGGAUGGCAGAAGUUGCAUCACUCAAGGCUCAGUUUCAUCAACUUCCCGAAAAAUACAAUCCUCCUUUGCUUCAAAGAAUAGAACUAGUACUCUCACUUAUGAAGAAUUGCAGGCGCUAGAUGAUAUUGAAUUGGCAAAUGUUGUUAUCUUUGGUAAUAAAACACUUCGACCAUUGCAGCAUCAAGCAUGUAAAGCAACUUUGGCAAAACAAGAUUCUUUUAUUCUUAUGCCUACUGGAGGUGGUAAAUCUCUUUGCUAUCAGCUUCCAGCAACCCUUCAACCAGGAGUUACAGUAGUUAUAUCUCCCUUACUUUCACUCAUUCAGGAUCAGAUAAUAACACUUAACCUCAAGUUUGGAAUACCUGCUACUUUUUUAAAUUCACAACAAAAUGCUUCCCAAGCCGCAGCUGUCCUCCAAGAACUAAGAAAAGACAAGCCUACGUGCAAGCUCUUGUAUGUGACACCUGAGAGAAUUGCGGGAAACCAAACAUUUCUCGGGAUUCUAAAAUGCAUGAGUCAGAAGGGACAGCUGGCAGGUUUUGUUGUUGAUGAGGCACACUGUGUUAGCCAGUGGGGACAUGAUUUCCGGCCUGAUUAUCGUGGAUUAGGAUCUCUUAAGCUAAACUUUCCACGUGUUCCUGUCAUGGCAUUGACUGCCACUGCAACUCACCCAGUUCGCAAGGACAUCUUAAAUGCUUUAAGAAUUCCACAUGCAAUUGUUCUUGAAAGAAGCUUUGACAGACCGAAUUUGAAGUAUGAAGUGAUUGGUAAGACAAGGGAACCACUGAAGCAGCUUGGAAAACUACUAAUGGAUCGUUUCAAGAGUCAGUGCGGCAUUGUAUACUGCCUGUCAAAGAGUGAAUGUGUCGAGGUAUCAAAAUUUUUGAAUGAGAAAUGUAAAAUUAAGUCAGCAUAUUACCAUGCUGGUUUAGCUGUCAAACAGAGGGUUUCUGUUCAAAAGAAAUGGCAUGAUGGAGAGGUCCAUAUCGUAUGUGCAACUAUUGCUUUUGGAAUGGGGAUAGACAAACCUGAUGUUCGAUUUGUCAUCCACAAUACAAUGUCAAAAUCAAUUGAAAGCUAUUAUCAGGAAUCAGGAAGGGCUGGAAGAGAUAAUCUUCCUGCAGUUUGCAUUGCUCUAUACCAGAAGAAAGAUUUUAGUAGAGUUGUAUGCAUGAUAAGAAACGGUCAAGGAUAUAAAAAGGAGAGUUUUAAGACAGCAAUGGCUCAAGCCAAAAUGAUGCAACAGUACUGUGAAUUAAAGGAUGAAUGCCGGAGACAGACCCUACUCAAACACUUCGGAGAAUCAUUCGAUAGAAAGACCUGCAAGCAUGGCUCUAGCCCUUGUGAUAACUGUCUCAAGACCGCAUAGUGAGUUGCUGCAAGUAUGGGUCUAUCCCACUCAGCAUGUUUUUGCCCUGGCGUUUGCAACUCACUAAACGCAGUCCAAUGCCAGGCUCCAAUUGGUAGCUUCAAUCCUAUCAUGUGGUGACAGCGGCAUUCUGGCCCCAAUUGGUAGCUUCAAUCCUAUCGUGUGGUGGCAGCGGCAUUCUGGCCGCAGUUCCAAACAGGAUCUCAAUGGACUUUAUUGUGUAAUCUUUAUGGUGUACCAGUUGAAAAGUUAGAACAUCUCUCUAGAUUAUAUUUAUUUUCCAGCACAGUAUAUUGAAAAGUAAAAAUUGAUCUCCAAGAUUUUUUUACCAAAGUUUUGUCCAAAAGCAGAAAGUGUAAAAUAUGACAUGCUAAAGUCUCUUUCUUGGCCACAUUGGUCUGGGCAUCUUCCUCUUUGGAAUCAA